UGUUGCUAUGCAACCAUUAACGCGUCGUCUCGGUCUGCGACACAAUGGCGGCAAGAAGUGUUGAUAAAAAGGUCCAGCCCUUCAUUUCGCAGGUCAAGAAACGUCCAUCCUCUACCAGUAAGGCUGAAAGGUCCAAAAGAGUUGAAAUAAGGGCACAGUCAAAAUCUGCUUCUGGUCAGGCAAAGAAGCACACAGAUGAACUUUUAGCCAAAGAAGAAGAGUACAAACUCCUUAAUGCAGAGCUGGAAGCCAAAACAGCAGAUUUAGUUAGACAGGCUGAGCAACUUAUGAGAGAACAAAGUGAAGUUCUUUCAAAGCCUUUAUCCAAUGUCCUGCUCACAGACACUGAAGAAGAAGAGACGUCCAGGAUAACAAAGACUAGGACAUGUGCUGUGCAGCAGCCUGGUGUGAAGGAGGUGACCAAAAAAAGUGUUGUAUCAAGAUCACAAAAUAUGCUGAGUGGAAAACAAGUGAAAGAUCCCCACUUUAAAACUGGGAGCUCAGAGGAUGAUUUUGAAGCUGUAGAAGAUUCUGCUAAUUCAUUCUUGGCAAAGACAAUUCACAGCAUGGAGGAGAAAAUGAACAAUGCUGUUGUUCAUGAAAAUGCUGUGGAUGAAAUACCUAACUUUGGAGACAAUGUAGGAUCAGGAGUUUCAGAAGCUCAAAUACGAGUCCUGAAGGCAAAACUCCGGAUUAUGCAAGAGGAACUGGACCAGAUCUCAUGUGAAUAUUACAAAAAGGACGAUGAAAACACAAAACUUAGCGCAAAGAUUAAGGAGCUGGAGGAGGAUCGAGCCCGGCUGCAGAAGACCGUGAGCAUUCAGCAGACACAGAUCGAGAAGCACCGAGCUUUAGCCGCGGAGUCCAACAAAAAAUGUGAUGGACUUCAACUGGAAGUGUCUGGUUUGAGCAAGGAGAUAGAAAAUCUGAAUAGAUCCCACAAACAAGCAGCAGCUGUCCACAGCACGGUGGAGGUCCGCCUGAACCGAGCUCUAGAGGAGGUGGAGAGGUUGAAGACUCAAUUGAACAAAAUGAAACAGGAGAAAAAGGACAAAAUAACUGAGGAACAUCAGAGUAGAGAAAAUCUGCUGGCUGAAAACAAAAUGCUCAAAAAGCAGAAAGCUGAACUCAUCAUGGGCUUCAAGAAACAACUGAAGCUAAUCGACAUUCUCAAAAGGCAAAAGAUGCAUUUUGAAGCUGCUAAGCUGCUGAGCUUCACAGAAGAAGAAUUCAUGAAGGCUCUAGACUGGGGGAAGUCAUAACAACUGAAUGUCUCCACUUCCAUUUGUUAAAAGCUAAAAAGCUUGCUGUUAUUUUAGGAUACUUCUUUGUGUUGUAGGCCUCAGUUGUCUCUCAGAACAUGGUCAGACAAAACGUUAAAUAGAUUUGGUUUGUCACUUCAGUUAAAUAUUGGCAGACUGAGUCGCCACGUCAGUUUGGAAUGAUGUUAACUCGGUGCCUGUCAGCACCUCUUAAUAAAAAUAUGUCCCUGAA